AUGGAUAGACUGCUUAGAUUAGGGUCUGGCGGUUUGCCUGGUGUUGGACAGCCUCCACCAGAAGCACCUAAUGUAGACACUGCUGAGCAAGUAUAUAUUUCUUCUUUGGCUUUAUUAAAGAUGCUUCGUCAUGGUCGUGCUGGAGUUCCGAUGGAAGUUAUGGGUUUAAUGUUGGGUCAAUUUGUUGAUGAAUAUACAGUUCGAGUUAUCGACGUAUUUGCUAUGCCGCAAAGUGGAACGGGUGUCAGCGUUGAAGCAGUUGAUCCAGUCUUUCAAGCGAGAAUGUUAGAUAUGCUUAAGCAAACUGGAAGACCAGAAAUGGUAGUUGGAUGGUAUCAUUCCCAUCCUGGCUUUGGUUGCUGGCUGUCAGGUGUGGAUGUAAAUACUCAGCAGAGCUUUGAAGCUUUGUCAGAACGAGCUGUUGCUGUCGUUGUAGAUCCUAUCCAAAGUGUUAAAGGCAAAGUAGUUAUUGAUGCAUUUCGAUUAAUUCAUCCUACCUUGAUUAUGGUAGGCCACGAACCUCGACAGGCAACAUCUAUUAUAGGACAUUUGCAAAAACCGUCUAUCCAGGCGCUGAUCCAUGGAUUGAAUCGUAGUUAUUAUUCUAUGGUUAUAAAUUAUCGCAAGAAUGAAUUAGAACAGAAGAUGUUAAUGAAAUUACAUAAAAAAAGUUGGGUUGAUGGUCUACAGCUAGACGACUACAAGGAACAUAAUGAGUCGAACGAAAAGAUUUUAAAGGAUAUGGUGCGGCUGUCAAAAGAAUACGUAAAGUCUGUAGAGGAAGAAGAUAAAUUAACUACCGAACAGCUUGCUAUUCGUAAUGUUGGCAAACAGGAUCCGAAGCGUCACUUAGAGGAAUGCGUUGAUGUUUUGAUGACCUCUAAUGUUUCCCAGUGUUUAGGAGCAAUGUUGCAUAAUGUCGUUUUUUAA